CUUAUUGUUGUCUGUACCGUGACACCUUGUGGUAGGCAUUUCAAUUUGCACCAUGCAGACUGAAAAUGUUACUCAGAUAUGCAUUCCACAAAUGUGGUUGGCUAUGCGCAUUGAUUUUAGAAAGAUGUUUUGUAUCGGUUAAGUGCUGAUAUACGCACAUACACCUUGGUGCAUUCGUAUUUCGUAUUAUUUGAAGCCUUUCCUGUUGCAAGAGAGGAUGGAGCUGAUGCUGCCUUUGGGUGCUGUCAGGAAUGUUCACAUCCAACCCAUAUCCCUACAUCGCCGAACAGGCGUAAUUGUGAACGGUUCUCUCGCGUCCACUGACAACACUUGAAGGCAGCAUAGUGUAGGUUGUGGGCAGGCGCAUUAGCGCGGUGUUUCAUGAAUUCCAUUUUGGUGGGAAUACGUUUAUUUUCACUGGUAAGGCAUUUUAAAAAAAUAUGUAAUUUGACUCGUAAUACCUUUACAUCUUAAUAUCUAUCAAUGUUCCAUUUUCUGUGUGUGUUCCUCCAAACUAUUCUAACGUUACCUAACCUAGCGUGAGCGAUAGCUACCGGCUAACAGCAUGCUUGCCUCUCUUGAUUAAGUUAGUCGUUUCCUUUAACAUUAUAUUUAUUCUAUAGAUGGACUUAAAUAUGCGAGUUGUGUGUCCCCAAGGCGACCUUGUCUUCCACGUUAUCUAUUUGCAACCGUCGCUCUUAAAACCAGAUGGUCGGUGGCGAGCUAAAGUUGGCUAACGCUACUGCUAAACUAGUCGGAUAGCGUUAGGACGUCAGGUUAGGUUAGCCCCACGAAAGCCAUGCAUGGCGCAGACUGAACUGACGUCACCCUCAGUGCUCGUGGGUGGAUGGCAUUUGAAUGUCACGUCAAAAAGGUUGCCGAGUAAGUUUACAUAAAGUCACAAGCAAAGAGGGAAAUGGGUAACGUCACUCCUUUCUCAGACCGUUGUUGGAGUGAUUUAUGACUGUCUCCAGUGUUUUGACAGAGUAACAGUCCCUCCCUCGUCAAAAGCAGUUAAAACAAACUUCUUACACAAUCAUAUCGCUGACCUAGUUAUAGUAUUAUAUCCGUUACAGCUAUGACAUCUGCAGUCUGAUUUUCUUUGGGGAAAUUUCCAAGUUAAUUGCCUGUGACCCAAAAAAAGUGGCAAUUAACCUCGUUCUUGAAGAUAUUUCAAAACCAUUGCAUUUUGAAGUCUAUUGAUCCUAUAGUCGUCAAGGUUGCUUCAUCUGCAGUCUUCACUGGUGUAACUGCUUCGUGUUUCCAGUUGCUCCAUCUUUCAUCCCCCUCUGUGCUUCACGUUUUCCUUUCCACCCUCUUCUCAGGGGGGUUCUAGGUUUUAUAGUCUCUCAGUUUAUGGCUCAUCACCUUCUCUAUGGUGCUGUAGUGAUCAAAUUCCUGUAUAAUUUCUUCAGCAUCAGAUAUGGCCCGUGGGCACCAGAAGUUCCAGUCCCAGCAGAAGAAUGCCAAAAAGCAGGCAGACAUCAAGCAGAGCAAAGGCCAUGACCAGAAGGCAGCGGCUAUGGCUGCUUUAGUAUACACGUGCACUGUGUGUCGGACACAAAUGCCCGACCCGAAGACCUUUAAGCAGCACUUUGAAAGCAAACAUCCAGAGUCCUCCAUGCCCCCGGAGUUGGUCGGUGUGGAGGCAUAAUAGAUUCACCUCUCGUUCAGUAAGACCGUUGGGGCUUAUUCCUCAUGCUGCCGAAUUUAGUUCUUGAUAUACGAGUGUUUAAUGCAGGGUUGUUACUGUAACUGCCUUCCCGUGGUCUUUUUGCCAAAUGGGAUUUUUUGCAAAACUAUCCUCACUAUUGAGAAUUCGAUCUGGGGUCAGCACUGAGGGUAGACACACAGCAGGCAGCUAUGAAUCUUAUGAUUGUAUGCAAUAUUUCCGUCUCAUCGCUUCAAAACAUUCUGCUGAAAAGAUCAGCUUGUCCAUGAACUCUUCCGUCACCUCAGGGCUCACACCGUUUCAUUACACGGUUUGGAUUUAGAAGAAAAUGUCAAAUUGGCACAGAUGAACAAAGUUGUGAUACUAAGAUGAUAAUUGGAAGUCAUCUGCAUCCAACUCCAACGUACUUUGAAAGCCAUUGUGGAUUUUUGAAAGGAAUUUGUGAUGUGCUGGGGUUGAGCUCAUAUUUAUACUUUAUUCAGAAUGACUUUGGAGUUCAUAGUGUGCCUGGAAAGACACUUAUUUAAAACCACUAAUAUUGUGUUAUUUUAAGUAGAUUUAUAUUUACCUCCAGUCUGCACUGAUUUUUUUUUACCUUGCCUGGAUAAUUUUUUUAAAUCUAGGAUGAUAUUCUUGGUGAGAAUAUAUUGUGCUACACUGAUAUUUUUAUGUAUCUCUAGUUCAUGACCACUGUGUAGCUUUCUCAUGUGCAACUCGUAUGACAAACCUUCCAUGAAACUAUCCCCCCCCCCCCCCCCCUCUUUUCGUACAGCAUGAAGCAGUAAUAUUAUCCUUCACCUCGUGAGAAGCUGUCUGUUGAGUGAAAUGGGGGGGUUUGUACAGGGUGUUGUAAAUGAUUCUCCCAACAAUCUCCUCGUAUCCUCAAUACAUUUGGACCUGCUGGUCAUUAACCACUGACAUUGUACCACUGUGCUUAAGUCAUGUUUUUACUUUUGUAACAAUCAUUUAUUUGUCCCCACAAUGUUAUGUCUAGCCUAUUAAUAAAGUUGUUGCUUUUAUAUGAA